AUGAUUCCACUAGAGAGUAAACCACGCUCCCUUCAAGUUCAUCCAUCUCUAAUCUUCAUCACCCAAGCCACAGGCACACAGACUUACACUUAUCAGGAGCCUCAAGAAGCGACUGAUGGAUUCAAAGAACUAGGUAGGGGUGCCUUUGGAGCAGUGUACAAAGGUGUUCUUGGAUCCAAGGAUACCAACUUUGUGGCAGUAAAAGUGUUGAUGGCAUGGACCGGAGAAAGUGAAAAGGAGUUCGAAAGAGAAGUGAGUGCAACUGGCCAAACUAACCACAAGAACUUAAUGCAGUUGCUUGGAUUCUGCAAUGAGGGUCAACACCCACUACUGGUGUAUGAAUUCAUGAGCAACGGCUCAUUGGCGGAUUUUCUAUUUGGCUCUUCAAGGCCUAGCUGGUACAAAAGAGUAGAAAUUGCCUGUGAUGUUACGUGGGGGCUCUCUUACUUGCACGAGGAAUGCACUAGGCGUAUAAUCCACUGCGACAUCAAGCCGCAAAAUAUUCUUCUUGAUGGCUCUCUCACUACAAAAAUAUCAGAUUUCAGAUUAGCUAAGCUCUUUAUGGCGAACCAAACACGAACCACCAUUGGAGUCAAAGGAACCAUAGGUUAUUUAGCGCUAGAAUGGUUCAGGAAUAUGCCUAUUUCUAGCAAAGUAGAUGUUUACAGCUUCGGCAUUUUGUUGGUCGAGCUUAUUUGCUGCAGAAAGAACUAUGAGCCGAAAGCGGAAAUUGAAGCUCAAAUUGUAAUGGUCGACAGGGUUUAUGACUGCUACCACGACGGGAGUGUGCUUCAGCUAGUGGAGAGUGAUGAGGAGGCAUCAAGGGACAUAAAGAUGGUGAAAAGAUUUGUGAUGAUAGCAUUGUGGUGCAUCCAAGAAGAUCCGGCUUUGAGGCCAACCAUGAAGAAAACUACUCAGAUGUUGGAAGGAGCUGUUGAAGUCCCAGUACCACCAGUUCCAAGCUUUUUUACCACUUCAAUAUGA